AUGAAUAGCAACGAGUCCAAGUCCUCACCUAAGGAUGGUAGUGAAGCUAGCACAAGUUCAUCCGCAACGGACAACGGUGCCUCCAUAUGUACUCAUUCGGCAUCGGGACAGACUAAAUCACCCUUGACGGAAAUUCUCGCCACUGCUAAGGUACUCGCUAGUGGGCGUAACGGCAAGGACAAGGUUUUGAGAUGUCUGCUGGAUCCAGGAUCACAGAAACAUUACGUUACAUUGAAGUGCUGCAAGAAUUUAGGUCUUCCUGUACACAGCAGCCCCGUGACGUCAAUAAAUGGAUUAGGUGGAACAGCUAUAACACAACCCAUCCGAGGAACUGUCAACUUAACAUUUAGGUCAAGAUAUGAUCCUAAACAUCAAUAUACUAUCGAAGCGCUUGUUUUAGAGGAGAUCACGCCUGAUUUACCGACUUGUCAUAUUGAUCAAUCUGCAACUGAUCUGUUUGAUAAUUUACAUCUAGCAGAUGACUCUUGGGCGAUUCCAGGUGAAAUUGACGUACUUCUUGGUGUUAAGUUAUUCACCAAAUUGUUAAUGUCAGAUAAAGUUGAAAACAAACCUGGCUUGCCUGACGCUUUAGAAACUACACUGGGGUACAUCAUACUAGGCGAUGCUCCCGCAGUUAACGCUUCCUACUCAGCAGCUGGAUAUUUUACUUCGGUCGAUGUGGGAAAUUUAAUGCAAAAAUUCUGGGAGAUUGAAGAUUUGGAUGGAGGAGUGAUUCAUAGUCCAGACGAGAAACAAGCUGAAAACAUAUUCCAAAAUACAAUCAAUCGUUUGGAAGACGGACGUUAUGAAGUAGCACUUCCGUUUAAAUUGGACCCAAGCAAUUUAGGCGAUUCUUACAAGACCGCUGAACGCAGAUUUUUAGCGCUUGAAAGAAAAUUCCACAGGCAACCUGAAUUAAAGCCAGCUUAUGAUGAAGUUAUCCGUGAACAUAUUGAUAAAAAAUAUUUAUCGGAGGUUCCGAAUGAUCAGUCAAAUGACGCUUAUCACAUACCCCACCACGCAAUUGUCAAAAUUGACAGAAUAACCACAAAGGUUAGAAUUGUCCUGGACGCUAGUGCACAGACCACAAGCGGUUUAUCGUUAAAUGAUAUACUUCACGCAGGACCAAGUCUUCAAGCAGACUUGUUCUGCAUUCUCCUAAACUUACGAUUGUUUGGUAUUGCUAUCACGUCUGAUGUACGUCAAAUGUAUCUGUGUAUUGACGUACGGGGGGAGGAUCGUCCUUAUCAGCGUAUACUUUAUAGGUUUAGUCCUGAGGAAACUAUAAGAGUGUUUCAAUAUAACAGGGUAGCCUUCGGUCUACGCAGCAGUCCUUUCCUGGCACUGCGAACUGUCAAACAGUUAGUAGCUGAUGAAGGUUAUAAAUACCCACUCGCAAAAGAAAUUGCAUCUCGUGAUAUUUAUAUGGAUGAUGUAGCCAGUUCAGUUAUUAAUGAAGACGAAGCUGUACAAGCGACUAAACAACUGCUGGAUCUGUUCUUGAAAGGUGGAUUCCAACUGGCAAAGUGGUCGUCAAAUUCUGCCGCUGUUCUGAAUGAAAUACCGAAAGAACUACAUUUGUCCCAAAGUGUCACCUUCGACGAUGAUACAACGUUGAAGAUUUUAGGUCUGCGUUGGUAUCCUGGUGAAGAUGUAUUCAAGUUCCAGCUCGACUAUUCGAUGUUCUGGGCCUGGUUGCCCCUGUAA